AUGGAUUCAUUAAAAUUACCAAAUACUGCUGCUCAAGCAAAAGUAUUCACAGCUCCAAAUUCACUUUUAUUUCCAAAAGGUUUAGAGGAAGAAAAUAAAGAACUUAUUAAAAAGGAAUCAUCAAAUUUAGACAUAAUAGAACCAAAACAAGAUGAAGAUGAUGGAGCAACUUCAGGUAUUGUGCCAACUUUACAAAAUAUAGUUGCAACAGUUAAUUUGGAUUGUCGACUUGAUUUAAAAACUAUUGCAUUACAUGCUAGAAAUGCAGAAUAUAAUCCAAAACGUUUUGCUGCAGUUAUUAUGAGAAUUAGAGAUCCAAAAACUACAGCAUUAAUUUUUGCAAGUGGGAAAAUGGUUGUUACCGGUGCAAAAUCAGAAGAUGAUUCAAAAUUAGCUUCAAGAAAAUAUGCAAGAAUUAUUCAAAAAUUAGGUUUUAAUGCUAAAUUUACUGAUUUUAAAAUUCAAAAUAUUGUUGGUUCUUGUGAUGUUAAAUUCCCAAUUAGAUUAGAAGGUUUAGCUUUCAGUCAUGGUACUUUCUCAUCUUAUGAACCUGAAUUGUUUCCUGGUCUAAUUUAUAGAAUGGUUAAACCUAAAAUUGUUUUACUUAUCUUCGUGAGUGGUAAAAUUGUUCUAACUGGUGCUAAACAAAGAGAAGAGAUAUAUGCUGCUUUCGAGGCGAUAUAUCCCGUUCUCUCUGAAUUUCGCAAACUGUAG